CCGAAACAUCCGACCUCUUUAAAUUAAUUUUAAGUUUGAGUAUUACAGUUUUUGUCACUACAAAAAGGUGGCGGGUAGUCAGUAGAUAAGUUAUUCCGCACUAAGAUAUCAUUUGUUCAAGCGACGUCCUACUGAAUAAAUGUGUGAGAGUCGGGACUCAUAAAAUCGUAUAGGAAUUUUGUGAAGGUGCUUGAAUACUUUCUUCUAGGAUUGUAAAGUCAUUUAUUGAUAACUAAUAAAAAACAGUUAAAACACAAAUUGUAAUAAUGGAAAUCAACAUAAAAAAUGCCUUCAAAGAAGCUGUGAAAUUUUCCCUCAGUCCUUGUAUCGAAAAAUAUCGAAUGCUAACCGAAAAGAAUCAGCAGUUAUUCCUACAAACGAUGAAGUUUUUCUUGGAGAGACCAUUAUUCACAACUAUUUUAUUUUCUGCUCUUUUCAUUGUAUUUAUUAUAUCUCUAUCAAUAUCAUUCAUUAUACUUCUAGGAGUACUCGUAAUUGCUAUUGUAAUAUUGCUUUUUGAAGGUUUUGUUUUCAUCGUAGUUUUAGCAGUUCUCAGUAUGAUUGUGGCAUCAGUCACCCUUUUCAUUAUGAUAAUAUUCGGGAUUAAGUACACCAUGACAAUAAUACAUAAUUUAGAUGAAGAUUGACAUUAAUUUGAUUGAAAGUCAGUUUCCCUUCAGGAUGUAAAGUUUAUAUGGUACCAAAAUAAAAAGAAAGUUAUAAGGAUUAUGAUAUCAGAUGAAAAUCUUAUAAAUUAUACAGAGUACUGAUGAGAACCUAGUUUAAUCAUGAUUUUUUAGAAAUAAGUUAUUUUUUAAUA